AAACGGCUGGUUUUAUGUUCUCAUGUGGUCGGUGGAGUACGACUUGGGUUUGGAAGAAAGUUUGACUAGAGAUGAGUUGUCAGUACUUCAUCAGUUUUAUGAAAGAAUGCUCAGUUGUCCACUUGAUAUAUGCCGAUCGAAACGUUAUCUUGUCCGUUGGCUGCGCGCUCGCAGUUGGGAUGUUGAUGAAGCAGAAAAAAUGCUGUAUUCUCACAUAAAAUGGAGAGAUGUUCAGAAGGUUGAUACAUUACUUGAUUGCUAUGAAAUCCCAGACGUUAUACAGAAAUACUUUCCCGGUGGAUUUUGUGGUGAAGAUAAAGAAGGCUGUCCAUUGUUCUGUGCUCCUGUUGGUCGAUUCGACCCAGGUGGUUUUAUGAAAGCCACUACACACGCAGAGUUUAUUCAAAGUAGAAUUUAUUUUAUGGAAUAUAUCAUACAGAGAGUUUUUUAUGAGAAAUCAAAAGAACAUAAUCGUUGUAUUGACCAGCUGACACUUAUAUUAGACAUGAAACAUUUAAGUUUGAAACAUAUGCAUCCAUCUUGGAUCCCCGUAUUUUCGGAAAUGAUGACAAUAAUGGAAGCAAAUUAUCCUGAGUUUUUACGCAUUUGUUAUGUGAUUAAUGCUCCACCAAUAUUUGGAACUAUAUUCAACUUCAUUAAACCUCUGUUAAGUAAACUUACACAAGAAAAAAUCCAUGUAUUAAAAUCGGACUAUCGUGCUACUUUACUCCAAGUAAUUGACUCAAGUAAAUUACCAGCCUGUUACGGUGGGAAAAUAACUGAUCCUAAUGGUGAUCCUCAAUGUCCAUCAAAAAUUUCAUGGGCUGGCCCCGUCCCUGCCUCUCUUUUUCGUAAAAAGCUAUCAGAUGAUAAGCCGUCUGUGCCCAAACAGUCCGAAGUAUCUGAAGAGGUGAAACGUUUUACAGAUUGCGGCCGGGAUUUGACUAUGGUUGAAGUUGGUCCAGCUUCACGUAAAGAUAUUUCUAUUGGAAUGGUCGAUGUAGGUGAUGAGAUUAAAUGGUGGCUUUCAUGUGAAACGCAUGACAUUGCAGUUGGUGUGUUCAUGAAAAAUUGUAUUACAAAUGAUGGAAAAGUUACAAGUGAUCCAAGUAAAAGUUCAGAUACCUAUAUCGAAAUGAUCCCAAUGAAACGUGUAUCAUCACAUGAAAAAAUUGUUCAAGGAACUCUCAGUGUUGAAAACUCGGGUGUAUACAUCCUUGUCUUAGAUAAUACUUACAGUUGGACAAAAUCAAAACGCUUAUGGUAUCACUUAAGUGUCACUGACAGAGUAGAGGAUAAUAAAAACAGUUGUACAAUGUCAAUGCCUUCACCAAUAGAAUCUUUGAAUUCUAAUUAUAAACAACUCACUGAUACACCUGUUAGUGAUAUAACCGUGAUACCAAUUCCAGAAGAGAAUUAUUAUGCUUGUCGUAUGGAGACUGGUGGAAGUAUGGAUUUAAAUGUUAGUAUUUUAUUCCGCUUUCUUGUACAAAUACUUAUUCUACCAAAAAUUAAACAACGUCCCAAUUAAACUGGUGAAAUCAAUGAAGUGCACACAUAUAUACACAAAUACACACAACGUUCUAAAAUCAAUAAGAAAAAAACCAGCCUAACGAAUUUAUUACAACUAAUUGGUUAGGUCAAAUCACUACCAUUUGAAAGUCUUUCAGUUAUCCUGUAAUUACCUGUUUUCGAAUUUUUUAAAGUUUACUAAACAUAUAAAAAAAAGGAUGAUUAAGUAUGCGAUAUUGCUUCCUUAUAAACUUGCACUGCUCAUUUUUUCCUUCUUCCUCCUUUGUAAUAUUUCUUUUCAUUAAAAUUGAAUAGCUACAUAUCUUUGUUUCUAAGGUGUAUUAUACUACUAAGAAUGUGUAUUGUAUUUAUAUUUCUUACAUCAGGGCAAUCUCUGGUGGAAUACAAAAAAUGGUUAAAUAAUAAAAACAGUUUGGGAAUAAAACUUUAAAUGUGCCUUUUUUUUUCUUUUCAAGCUUUCAAAUUAGUGCCUCUUAAAGCAUACUUCUAAUUACUAAAAAAAUACUUUAUUGUUACAAGAGUUUCCUAAUCUCUUCUGUUUCUUUAUUUUCUUGUUAAUAUCUGAGAGUUGAUUUUUUGUUACUCGAAAAAAUACCAUUUAUUGAAUAA